AUGGCCACGCAGACGCAACAACCAGAGGGAGAGGUAUUGCCCGCCGACCAGACGCAGCAGCCAGAGGAAGAGGAUCCUUGGGGCGAUGAUGGUGUUGACGUCGGCGACUCCGCGGACGACGGGUCAGUGGCUUCCGUUAGAUCCAGUAUCAUGGAUUACCGCCGAGAGAACGGACGGACGUACCACCGGCACAAAGACGGAAAAUAUGUCAUGCCGAAUGACGAGAGAGAGCAGGAUCGGCUGGAUUUAGCGCAUAACCUUUGGUUGUUGACUUGGGACGACAAGCUUUGCAACUGUCCCAAGGUCAACGGUGCCAAACGAGUUCUGGAUGUCGGUACUGGUACAGGAAUUUGGGCCAUGGAUUAUGCGGAUGAACACCCCGAAGCAUCAGUUAUCGGAGUGGACCUGAGUCCAAUUCAAUCCAACUAUGUACCUCCCAAUUGCUCAUUUCAAAUCGACGAUAUUGAGGAAGACUGGACUUGGUCGCAGCCAUUUGACUUCAUAUUCUUCAGGUCGAUGACGGCAUCUUUCGCCGACUGGCCAGACACGAUUGCCCAAGCUUACGAAAACCUUGAGCCAGGUGGCUACAUUGAACUGCAGGAUACCAUGUUUCCACUUAAAUGCCAAGACGGCCCAAUGCCAGACGACUGGGCACCCAAUAAGUGGUCUAACCUACUUGUUGAAGCGAGCGUUAAAGGCGGGCGGCCAAACAAUACUGCUGCAAGCUUCAAGAAAAUGCUUGAGGAUGCAGGCUUUGUUGACGUUGUGGAGCGGAAGGCCAUAUGGCCUUUCAACCCAUGGCCUAAGGACAAGAAGCUCAACGAACUGGGUUUAUGGUGUCAGCAUAAUGCGUUCAUGGGAAUUGAGGCUGCAUCGAUGGCAGUCUUCACUCGAGUGCUUGGCUGGACCGCAGAAGAGACGACUGUGUUUUGUGCUGAAGUCAGAAAUGAGCACAAAAAGAUAGGAGUUCAGGCCUAUUAUGAUAUAUACUCGGUAUGGGGGCGUAAGCCUGAGAAGGAAGAUGAGACGGAUGAGGCGUAA